CGGUAUUGCGUUUGCACCAGCGUGAAUUUGGGGCGUGGUCACACGUGACGAUGACGUCGUGUUUUUGUGUGUGUCAAGCCGAGGGCCGAACAAACGGUCCCAGCCAACAGGCAGUUCGGCAAACGCGUCAAUUUGCUGAUCAUAAAAGGUCUAAAGAAAUGCACUGAUUGGCUGACUGGCCCACGUGACCGCAGCGUUGAGAGGAGUGGAUUAGCGUUGCAACAUGCUACAGCGUACUACGCUUGUCAGAGCAUCGCUUCAAAAUCGACUGGUGUCACCCCUGUAUGGGUGCCAUGGUCGUCAGUAACACAUGAGCUCUACUAUGUGGUACAUCAUGCAAAGCAUUCAAAGCAAAUACUCCCUGUCCGAGCGACUCAUCCGCACCAUCGCCGCCAUCCGCUCCUUCCCACACGACAACGUGGAGGACCUCAUCCGCAAGGGUGCCGACGUGAACCGCAUGCAUGGCACACUGAAGCCUCUGCACUGUGCCUGCAUGGUUGCUGAUGCCGACUGUGUGGAGCUGCUGUUGGAGAAGGGGGCAGAGGUGAAUGCUUUGGAUGGAUAUAACCGCACGGCGCUCCACUAUGCAGCAGAGAAGGACGAGAGCUGUGUGGAGCUGCUGUUGGAGUACGGGGCUCAGCCCAACGCUCUGGAUGGCAACAAGGACACUCCGCUCCACUGGGCCGCUUUCAAAGACAACCCAGAGUGCGCGAGAGCACUGCUCGACAGCGGGGCUUGCCCUAACGCCCGCGACUACAACAGUGACACGCCGCUGAGCUGGGCAGCCAUGAAGGGCAACCUGGAAAGUGUCAAAGUGCUUUUGGACUACGGCGCACAGGUGCACGUGACCAACUUGAAGGGCCAAACACCCAUUUCCCGACUGGUAGCCCUCUUAGCGCGAGGCCUGGGCACCGAGCAGGAGGAGGAGUGCCUGGAACUUUUGUGCCGGGCAGCUGGGCGUUUCGAGAUUCGCCGGGCCGACGGCACGCUUCCAAAGGAGCUCAGUAAGGAUCCGCAGCUGCUGGCCAGACUCACCGGCAUGGUGGCCCAAGCGCCCACACUGCGCUCUCUGGCGCGCUGUGCUGUGAGGCAGAGUAUGGGCGUGCAGUUCCUACCCACGGCGGUUAAAGAGCUUCCUUUACCAGAGACCAUCAAGGAAUACCUUCUUCUCAGAGACUAAGACAACGUUGGGUGGCGGCAAUGGAGUUUUUCCUCCUCGUCUCCAACAAACACAACAGCCUCUUGUGCUCCUUUUCCACUGCGCAAGUACUGGAUCGCCUCGAUCGAAAACCACGCGGCACUGAAGGCAUCAGUUCGAACGAGACAUGUUAGCUAAACGAUACAGCAGUUAUUAGUAUAAUGGAAGCAAAAAUAUCAUCUACCAAGGCAGAUCUUGUGGUUUUGUAAAGGAUAAAGUGGAGAGCCUUUUUUUCAUGAUCAAGAAAAGCUAAACUGAAAACACAAUGAUUGAACUGAUUUCGCACAAUAAAGAGAUUUUUGGGCACUUACUACAGUAUGAUAUACGUGUAGGGUUUUAGAAUGUUGUCAUACGUGGGGAAAACCGAACACGGGCAGAAGGAGUACUUGGAUUUGGAUCUUUAACACCAAUGUAUUGUUACUAUUAAGGAGUAUGGGCACUGAAAAGGGAAGAAAAAAAUCAAGAUUAAAGAAUAAAGUUAUAUAUAUUUUUUUUUUAGGUUAGUCAUUGCUAAAAUGAAGUCGUAUAUUUUCAAAAAAGUUUUUUGUUUUGUUUUUUUGGUUCAAUGUGGCCCUAAUAUUCCUUCAUACUUUGCUGUAUCAUAAGAGGAAACAAUACCAUAUAAACCCCUGUUGCUCACAACAGUGGAGGAGAACGUGGUUCUCGUCUGUUUAACUCUCGGCAUGUUCCAAUAUAUAAUGAUACGAAAUUGACUUUCCAUGCUUGCAACCCCAACUGAAGUUACUACAGAUAACAAAUCAAUACAGAAGGUGUUGCAAGUACAAAGGAAAAGGGGCAUGACAACAGCAUUUGACAUGUAGAUUCAAUGGAAUGUUUUCACCAAAUGUAGUGAAGUGUCUUUGAAAACGCCAGAUGGGUGUACCGCUGCACCUGUACAUAUAUAUUAUAACUUAUGUACCGUGCUGCGAAAAAGCUUUAAACCCCUUCUUGCAUAGUUUGCCCACUUUAAGAUCCUCAAACAAAUGUGAAUAUCAGACAAAGAUAACGUAAGUAAAAUGUAGUUUUUAAAUGGUGAUUUAAAUGGUGAUGGUGAAAGCUUAGUACAGUGGUGAACCUUCCCAGGAGUGACUGCCCAACAAAAAUGACCCCAAGAGCACAGCAACGACUCAUCCAGGAGGUCACAAAAGAACCCGGGACAACAUCUAAAGAACUGAAGGCCUUCAAAAAUAAGGAAGAGACUGGGGGAAAUGGCAUCCAUGGUGGAGUUCCAAUGUGAAAACCACUGCUGACAAAGAAGAACAUAAAGCCUUGUCUUCCUUUUGGGAAAGAAAAAAAAACAUCUGAAUGAUUCUCAAGACGGAUGGGAAAGUAUUUUAUGGACUGAUGAGAUGAAAGUUGAAUUUCUUGAAAGGUGUGUGCCUCGUUACAUCUGGCAUAAAUGUAACAGCAUUUCAGAAAAAGAACAUCAUACCAACAGUCAAACAUGGUAGUGGUCGUGUGAUGGUCUGGGGCUGCUUCAUGAUUUCAGGACUUGCUGUGAUUGAUGGAACCAUGAAUUCUGCUCUUUACCAGAAAAUCCUGAAGGAGAACAUUCGGCCAUCGGUUUGUGACCUCAAACUGAAGCGCACUUGGGUUCUGUAGCAGGAUAACAAUCCAAAACACACCAAGUCAAUUCUGAAUUGGACCUCGGCAAGGUCCAGACUUGAAUCUGACUGAAAUGCUGUGGCAUGACCUUAAAAAGUCAGUUAAUGCUUGAAAACCUUCCACUGUUGAUGACUUAAAACAAUUCUGCAAGGUAGAGAAGGGAGCAAAUCCUUUUUCGCAGCACUGUAGGCAUCCCUAAAAUUGCGAACCCUUGAAAAGUAUUGUUACGGUGGUCUUCAAUGCAUGGAAUGCGGAUGAGGGCUUCUGCUUCAUGUUGUGCCAGCGAUCAUCUAAUGUAUCUGUCUUUUAUACUACUGAGGUAACAAACAAAUGAGGGGAACACUCGUAUCUGUUAUUUUUAAGCUUUGUCGGUUGGAAUGGGCACAUGCAGUAAGUCUUGCCUGAUAACAUGACGAUGACUUACUUGCCUGUUCUGUGUGCAAUUCAAUGUCAAGCAAAGUUGCCAUGGAGGAGCAAAUGGUUUUUAUUACACACCGCUAUAUCUUCAGUUUUUGUUUUGUUUUUACUUAUUUUAAUUUAACUAUUAACAAGGCAAGACAUUUAAGUCAAAAACAUUUUCAAGAUUCCCAAGGUUUGCUUUGUACUAUACCCAAGUUGAAAAUGGAUGGCUUUAUGUUGUGGUGCUUAAGAUGUAUAAUCCUGUUGAAGUCGCAUCUUGUUUACGCCUGCAAAAGUGUUUGUUGGGGUGGGGGGUUACUUUAAUGAAAGUACUCCUAUGA